UCACUCCGAUUGGAUGCUGUUUUCCCGCGUGCGCCACAACUGCCAUUUUGAACCGAGGAGCUUCAGCGGCUUGAAUUCGGCCGCCCGCCUACCUGAGUGAUUGUCUCCCGGUCUCACAUUGUGUCCAGAGAUCCUAAUGUCAACAGAAACAGAUUCAAAGAUGGCGGCAGUUGAGAAAGGAGACAAGGCUGAAGGAACAAAGAGGAGAAAUAAGCCUGAUAAGUCUUCGACCAUUGUAGAAGAAGAAAAAAAUGAAAAAUUGGAGAGUGAAGAGGAAGAGGAGGAGGAAGAGAGGGUGGGAUUACUGGAAAGAAGUCCCAUCGUAGAAGGGAAAAGAGAAAAGAAAAAAGUGGAAAGACUGACUCUACAAGUGACACCAUCUGCAAAAGACACAUUUAGUAUUCCUGAAGGUAGAGGCACAAAGCUGGGAGAAAUUGAGAGGAUACAGUAUUUCAUGGGCAAAACGAAGGCUGAAGAUCUCAAAUCGCUUCACAAAAUCUUAUAUAACAGGCCAGGUUCGCUUGCCACAUUGAAACGAAACAUUCGACUGUUUACUGGGUUCUCAUUUGAAAGCGGCAGUGAGGAGCACAAGAAAAAAGAAGAGGUACUGAAAAAGAAUCCAAUUUCGGUGCUAAAGGUGAUUUGUACUGUUCUGGAUCUGGAGAGAAAAGGCACUAAAGAUGAAAUUGUAUCAAAAAUUCUGAAUUUCCUAAUGAAACCCAAGGCAUCGGGCAAGUCAUUACCAAAGCCUAAAAAAAAACGUCAAAAGGGUGGAAAGAAAGAACAUAGCAGCUCUGGGUCCAAGAAAAAAUCAAAAGCUGCAACCUUAGAAGAAAUUCUCACAGACGAGUCCAGCACUGAAGAGGAAAAGAAAGAAAAGGAAAAAUAUUCAGAUGAAAGUGAUGCAGAGGAAGAAGUGGAGCCACCCAAGAAAGCGUCUAAAAAAGAGAAAUCAACAUCAAAAGCUGUUCCUAAAGGCAAGAAGGGACAAAAUACUAAAGCAACAAAUGUGAAGAAAGCUGACAGCAGUACUGCAAAGAAAACUCCAGCUCCUGCCAAGAAGGACAUGGGCAGUGGCGUUAAAAAGGUGGCUUCGAUUGGGAGGCUAGCUGAGAAAAGUGAUUCUGAAGAUAGUUCAGAUGAUGAACCUCUGAUUAAGAAACUUAAAAAACCACCUACAGAUGAGGAAUUGAAGGAAACAGUCAUGAAAUUAUUGGUUGAUGCAAACUUGGAAGAAGUCACAAUGAAACAAAUCUGCAAAAAGGUAUUUGCCAGCUAUCCAGAUUAUGACCUCUCUGACAAAAAAGAUUUCGUCAAGAACACUGUGAAAGAGUUGAUUUCGUGAUGAAACUCCUCCUAGUUCAAGUGUUAAGAACGCACCAUUACCAUGUUCCUAUGGAUUGAGAAGCGGGAUUGUUAAGCACCAGCACAAAGAGAAGAGAAUGUAUUUCUUUGUAAACCAGUGAGAUUUAUGUUGAAUCUGUCUCAUGUCAAUGUAAAUUGAACAUCUUUCAACUAAUUGCUAUAGAUCUGACUUUUAAGACUUGAAUUUUAUGUUACUUUACUAGCUUUUUUAAAUGUUUGAAAGUGUACAUUUGAAUCUAGAGCUGUGAAUAAAAUUACCUAGUACAUUCAUUGCUUAGAGGUUAAGCAGGUCUUGUUUUUCACCAGCUAGAAUCCAGCUAAAUGAAUUGGGAAAAAAAUAUUUUAGCCUGUUCUGUAGCUUUAAGUUGCCACACAUUUGCAUGUGCUCUGUUCAGUUUAAUUUUUACCUUUGUUUUUGUAUUUAAACAUCUUCAGUGUAAGGCUACGGUUUUAAUCUUGUCAGGGGGAGGUUUUAUUGGCGAUGCAGUAUGUAUACUUCUGUAAGUUACGUUCUUAUAUUGUAGAACUUAUUGAAGAUUGUUAAACAAUUUCUGCCCCAAUUCCCCAAGAGUAAAUAAAACUUUGUACACAAAA